UGGCAGUCAUGUGACGGGGAUAUAGUACUACACUAGCGGAGCUAAAGGACACAUCAGCGGCCCGGCCAGCGCCGCUGCAAAUCGGGACCCUGCCUCUAGGCAGUUUUCAGGGACAACAUUUAACAAGCGGCCAGGCCCCCUCCCUAGGAGCGCUGUGGGGUUUGGUGCUUGCUGGGGGUGUCGCGCUGGUUCUGAAUGCCACGAGGAGCUGCUGCCCGCUGGGAUCUUGCUUGUCUUUGAUUUGGGGUGUUGUUGUUUUUUGGGGUUUUUUUUUUUUUUUUUUUGGUGUGUGUGUCUGUCCAGAAAAGUUCAGGCUUUCGCUUGAGCUUUCACUGUGUGGUAUAUGCUGGUGGGAUAUCCGUAACAGAUUAUCCAGGAAUGGUGGAUCACUUGCUUCCGGCUGAUGAAUAUUUUUCAUCCACAAGGUCCCCUGUUGGAUACUUUGGGGACAUGAUGGCCGGUGGGAGGUCAUACCAGAUGCUGCCCUCACCGGUGUCAGAAGAUGACAGCGAUUCUUCAAGCUUUUGCUCUUGUUCCAGCCCCGAUUCCCAGGUUCUCAGCUCUAGCUAUGGAAGCACAUCUAGCGCUGAAAGUCAAGAUAGCAUUUUAGACUAUUUACUGUCCCAGGCUUCCUUGGGGAACACCCCUGCCUCUUGGUGGGACAAAAGGAGACUUCAACCAGUAGUGAAAGAGGAGUAUUUCAGAUUGCCUGAGUUCACAGUGGAUAUGGAAGAUUCUGGACCAUUUCAGCCCACACUUGAGGAGAUUGAGGAGUUUCUGGAAGAAAACAUGGAGUUGGAUCUCAAGGAAGGGCCUAAAAGUGAGACCAAGGACUUGAGAGCUUGCAGCCAAGUUUCUGUUGCUUCAGUCCAGCAAAAAGACCAUCUGGCACCUAGCGUUAAUUUAAAAGAAAGUAAAAGCGAACAAUCAAGUAGCUCAACAGAAGGUAGCGAUGUUUCAAAUGGAGCACUGUCCCUGGAGGGAGGGAUACCUGUCAUGCUCCAAAUUCAGCCUGUACAGAUCAAACAAGAGUCAAAUACAAGCCCUAGUUCACAAGGACCAGCACAAGAGAAUAUUAAAAUUGCACAGCUCCUAGUCAACAUUCAAGGACAGACAUUUGCACUUGUGCCGCAGAUUGUUCAGUCAUCCAAUUUGAACUUGUCUUCUAAAUUUGUCCGCAUAGCUCCAGUCCCUAUUGCUGCAAAGCCUAUUGGGCCAGGAGGCAUGAUCCAGGGUCAAACGGGGAUCAUCGUGGGCCAGAAAUUUCAAAAGAACCCUGCGGCAGAACUCAUUAAAAUGCACAAAUGUUCUUUCCCUGGCUGUACCAAGAUGUACACUAAAAGCAGCCAUUUGAAAGCACACCUGAGGAGACACACAGGAGAAAAACCUUUUGCAUGCACGUGGCCCGGUUGUGGAUGGAGGUUCUCCAGAUCAGAUGAGCUCUCCCGGCACAGACGCUCCCACUCUGGAGUGAAACCUUACCAGUGUCCUGUCUGCGAGAAGAAAUUUGCUCGAAGUGACCACUUAUCCAAACACGUGAAGGUGCACCGGUUCCCUAGAAGCAACCGCUCUGUGCGCUCCGUGAACUGAUUGGUCCCACCUACCCCUUGCCACCUGUCCGUCCUGGAACAGCCGACAACAGCACUUUGCUCACUAUAUUUCUUGUGAUAAUUUAUUUGUCUCCAUAGAACGGUCAGCGCUGUUACUUCACACUACCACCUCUGAAUGUUUUGUGUCCUGCCAACAUGAUUUGAGAACGAAGUUCUUUUGGGGGAGGGUGGGGUGGGUUUUUUAUUAAUAUUAUUAUUUUAUUUUAUUUUCCUUUCCUUCUAUCUUUCCCUUUGCUGCUGCUUCUUUUUGGAAAUUACAGUGUUUUAUUUUUAGCUGUUUUCUGCUGCACAAGGCAAAUUUAUGGGCUACUUGCUGCUAGUUAAUUAUAGUCCUGGCAUUCCUGAGGGCUUUGCUCAUGUACAGAGCCAUUCAUUGUGAGUUUUUAUUAAGCUGGUCUAUUUGUCCAGUUUGGAAACAGUAAAUUCCUUUUGAAAUGAAAACAGCUCCUUUGUUUUUGAGUCGCCUGAGCCAAGGAUUUGGGGGGGUAGGCAAAAGGAGGAGGAGGAGGAACAGUUGAGAGAUGGGGAGUAGUGGGAUUGGAAUUUGGGCCUCUGAUUUCUCCAACACACCAUCCUUCAGUGGUCCUUGCCGUUCAUAACUUGGUCAGCAAAUCUCGUGCACCCGGAAACUGGAUCUGACAAUGUCCUUAAAACAAAAAACCCAAACGCUCGGCCCAGAUUCAAUGGGCUGGAAUGAAGGCCUUUCAUUAUGGAUCCGUGUAAACUGCCUGCAUGCCUUCCAUCUUACGUGGUCAAUGUGUUGAGCGUGGGGGAGAUGCCCACAUAUUUAAGGAACCAGUGAUUACACCUUGGCUCUGGCUGAAACUGUCCUCUUCAUUAUCAGGAGUGUUGUCUAGUGGUUAGAGCAGGGGAGCCUGGAUGUCAGGACUCCUAGUUUCUAUCCCUGGCUCUGCUGUUGUCUCACGGUGUGACACUGGGCAAGCACCAAUCCUGAAAGGUGCUGGGUGGGCAUCUUUAACUCCCCCUGACUUCAGCAGAUGCCUGCAGGCUUGGGCCCUGAAUCUCUUCAUAGCUUGGUUCCCCCAUCUGUACAAUCAGGAUAAUAAUACUUAUAUCCCGCCCAGGAGAGAUUGUGAGGCGUAAUUAAUGUUUGUAAAAGCACUUUGAGAGCCUUAGCUGACAGGGAUCUUUAAGUGCAAAGCAUUAUUUUAUUAUUAACAGCCAUGUCAGAGUGCCACACAGCUGGGGUGAGUGAAUGGGUGGGAACAGUAGAAACAAGUACAUAUGGUCGCUACCUAAGUGGCUAAGAAGGGAAUUUUAAACAAUAAUCAGACGUUAUCAUAACAAUAUUAUGUUUGUGUUUCUUUUUUUGUUUUUAUUUUUUAACUCUGCGAAUUGUAGGACUCUUUAGAAUACAGUAGAAUUCAAAAAUCAGAGAUGAUAUAUAAAGGAUAUUGCAUUUCCUUUCCACUCACAGAUGGCAUCUGCCUGUCUUCUUGUCAGCCAAAUGGGAAAUAAAACACUGCAAUUCUCACAUUAGUAGGUAGGAGUGGAGAACAUACUGUAUGUAAGAACAGUAGAGCUAAAACUACCUUAUUUUAGGAAUGCAUUCCUUUUGCCCUCUAGAAAUUAAUAUAAAUGAACUAUCUUUUGUUGACUGGUUUAUCUCACAUCCUAUGAAUGUAUGUAAAUAAAACUGUACAUAGAUGCAUAUCUAUAUAAAAUAUCUUUUAAUAACAUAUCAAAAUUUGUGUAAAUUGGAAACAAAAAUAUCUAUAAUGCCAGUGUACAUAAGUUACAAUUCUGUAUAUUUUCUUUUGUUCUUCAUAAAAUAUAUUUAC